UUGCAUGAUGGUUAAAUAGCCUGGCCCGGGAGCCCGCCAUUUUCUGUUGGGGUCUGGCGGGAAAAGCGGGAAGCCAACGAAACAGCAGCCCGAGCGCCGUCGCGGGACGACCAACGUCCGCUACAAAACCCGGAGGAAGACAGCCAGGUUUCCAACCUUCUGAGGACCGCCCAGAAUGGCCCGUACCAAGCAGACCGCCCGUAAAUCCACUGGAGGGAAAGCCCCUCGAAAGCAGCUGGCCACUAAAGCCGCUCGGAAAAGUGCACCAUCCACUGGGGGAGUGAAGAAACCCCAUCGCUACAGGCCAGGCACCGUGGCGCUGCGAGAGAUCCGGCGGUACCAGAAAUCCACAGAGUUGCUGAUCCGCAAGUUGCCAUUCCAGCGCCUGGUCCGCGAAAUCGCUCAGGACUUCAAGACAGACCUGCGGUUCCAGAGCGCUGCCAUUGGAGCCCUGCAGGAAGCCAGCGAGGCGUACCUCGUGGGUCUGUUUGAAGACACCAACCUGUGUGCCAUCCACGCCAAGCGGGUCACCAUCAUGCCAAAAGACAUACAGCUGGCCCGCCGCAUCCGUGGCGAACGGGCCUAAGUCCUUCUCCUCCCCAUCUCUUUAACAUUUAUGGCCCCUCCCUGGGCAAACCCCCACCUUUCUUGUGCAGUGUACUUAGAAUACACUCCAGAUUUUCUUUUUUUAAUUAUUAUUAUUAUUGAUAUUAUUAUUAUUAUUUCUCCUAACUCCUGUUUGUAGUGGCUAGGACAUGUGAAGAAAUGUUAGAUUAUUAUCUAUCUAUCGUAGUUACCUCUCCAAAAUCAGGAGACUUGAUUCCUGUUCAUCAUGUACAAGCAAAAACGAACCAACAAAACCCCUUUGAAAUCUGCAAGACUUCUGGAUGUUGUUUUUUGUAAAACUUUUUUUUUUCAGAAUUGCAAAAAAAACAAAACAAACAAAAACAUACCCGACAGGGGACAUUUUUUGAAAUACCUGGUUUUGUACUUACAAUGUAGAUGUAGGCAUUUCAACAAUAAGAGCUUUGGGUCUUCAGUUUGUAAAAUAUCUGCCAAGAACACUACACUUCUUUUUUUCCCUUUCGUUAGCUGAGUCUUUUAGUUGCCUUUGUAUUUAGGCUAGAAGUGCUUUCUGAAUCCUUUUUUCCCUGUUUUCCAUUUGUCUUGUGUCUGUGAUUCUGAUCUUUGUACCAAUAGGGACUCACCUUGAAGCAGGAAGAAAAAAAAUAAAUAAAUGUUGAAUGACAACA